GAAGAGGCGCGUCUGGAGAGCGGGCGGACGGACGGACGGACGGACGGGCAGGCAGGCUCGGCGGUCUUGCUCGGGAGGUUGCAGCCGGGGUCUCCUUUCUCUUCCUCUUCCUCCGCUGCUGUUGCUGAUUCCCCCCCUCGCCGGGUCCCUCCUCCCCCCCCCCGCUCCAUCUUUGGGGGGGCGCAGCGGAGGGGCAGAGGGGGCGCCUGCGCAAGAUCAUGCCGGACCAGAUCACUGUGUCGGAGUUUAUUGCUGAGACGACGGAAGAUUACAAUUCCCCAACCACAUCCAGUUUUACCACCCGGCUACAGAACUGCAGGAACACCAUCACGCUGCUAGAAGAGGCUUUAGAUCAGGACAGAACUGCACUACAAAAAGUGAAAAAAUCUGUAAAAGCAAUAUAUAAUUCUGGGCAAGAACAUAGCCAAAAUGAAGAGAGCUAUGCCCAAGUGCUAGAUAAAUUUGGAAGUAAUUUCUUAAGUAGAGAUAAUCCAGACCUGGGCACCGCUUUUGUCAAAUUUUCCACGCUAACUAAGGAAUUGUCAACACUGCUUAAAAAUCUGCUGCAAGGGUUGAGCCAUAAUGUUAUCUUCACCUUGGACUCCCUGUUGAAAGGAGAUUUGAAAGGAAUUAAAGGGGAUCUCAAAAAGCCUUUUGAUAAAGCCUGGAAAGAUUAUGAGACCAAAUUCACGAAAAUUGAAAAGGAAAAAAGGGAACACGCCAAGCAACAUGGGAUGAUACGAACAGAGAUUACGGGAGCUGAGAUAGCAGAGGAAAUGGAGAAAGAGAGAAGGCUGUUUCAGCUACAGAUGUGUGAAUAUCUCAUUAAGGUUAAUGAAAUCAAGACGAAAAAGGGUGUGGACCUUUUACAAAAUCUUAUUAAGUAUUAUCAUGCACAAUGCAAUUUCUUUCAAGACGGCUUGAAGACAGCUGAUAAACUCAAACAGUACAUUGAAAAGCUAGCUGCUGAUUUAUAUAAUAUAAAACAGACACAAGAUGAAGAAAAGAAGCAACUCACUGCAUUGAGGGACUUGAUAAAAUCCUCUUUACAACUUGACCAAAAGGAGUCUAGGAGAGAUUCACAGAGCCGGCAAGGUGGAUACAGCAUGCAUCAGCUUCAGGGAAAUAAGGAGUAUGGCAGUGAAAAGAAAGGAUACAUUUUAAAGAAAAGCGAUGG